AUGACCUGUUCAAACAUGGUGGCUUGUAGUGAAGUGCGAGAAUUUGAGUAUCGUGAUUCUGAAGCUCAUUACAUGGAGACUUCUCAUUCCCAAGCCAAUGGUGUAAAUGAAAUGCAUCUACACAUUCGUCUUGAGAAGCUACUCACUUUGGGGCCAGAUGACCAUCAAAUGCUUGCUAUAAAUUCCUUAAUGCUUGAUGGGAAAUGGUCAAAUCAAGAAUCUUCUGUCAAGGAAGUAGUUUCCACUACUAGGGUCCAAAGUUUAAAGAAACUGGUGCAAGAGAAGCUGCAUCAAUGGCUCAUCUGCAAAGUAAACGAUGAUGGAAAGGGUCCCAAUGUUCUGUGCAAGGAAGGACAGGGUGUGAUUCAUUUAGUAGCAGCACUGGGUUAUGAUUGGGCUAUAAGACCGAUAAUAAUUGCUGGUGUCAAUGUGAACUUCCGGGAUGCUCAUGGAUGGACUGCACUCCACUGGGCUGCGUCUUUGGGAAGAGAGCGGACAGUUAGUGUUCUCAUAGCAAAUGGACACAAGAUCCCGAUGCGGCAGUGGCGGACAGCAACGGGCGCUCAACGCCAUCGCGCCUCCUGCGAACCCAUGGUGAGAUGUGUGGUCUCGAUCUAGAGUCGAAGGACUUCCCCAACACCCUUUCCUCCAUCGGCGCGACAUCGGCAAGCUCAUCUGCGACGAUGAGGCAUCUUCGACCGACUUCCCAACACCCCAUCCUCCAUCAAUGCGGCUCCAGUACCCCUUCCUCCAUCGGCGCGACAGCAUCCA